GCUAUACAUCAAUAAUCUAUUAAAACUCAAUAAUUCGAGCCCCAAUUACCCAUUUCUCAGCAAUUUGAGGGCCAAUGCUCUAAUCCAUGUUGACCCAAAUGGGUUUACAGAGUAUUUCAGCAACUCUCUGCUUCGGGGGAUUGACACUGGUUACUACAUUUGUUAUUAAUACAAUUGUGGAGGUGGCUCGAUCACCUCCACUGCUCCCUCCCCAACUUCCGAAUUAUGGAACUGGUGAGCUUCCUUCAGCAGCAUUGCUUUCCUACUCCCAAGAGUCACCUGAAGCCUACCUAAAUACCCACAACACGUAUCGUGCGGUGGUUGUAGUUAGGCCGAUGAGGUGGCGGCCUAUGCACAAAACUGCGCUAAUCAAAGGAUCAGAGACUGCGGGCCUGUGCAUUCAAAUGCCGUGUAUACACUCAGGUCAUCUCGGGGUGAUCGAUCCGCCUUGGAUGUGCAAGAGUACGCUGCGACAAUGCAAUCCCUCCAAGCCCGCUUUUGCGGACCCGCCAAUAAUCCGUCCGGUGGAAAAUGACAAUCAAUCUUAUCUCCGGGGACCUAGUGAUUUCUCCUAUAAGGAAUUGUCUAAAGCAACAAAGAAUUUUGUAGAAGAAGAGAAGCUAGGCGAGGGAGGGUUUGGAUCCACUUAUAAAGGUUUCUCGAGGGAUUCAAAUGUAGAUGUCACAGUUAAAAGGAUCUCAAGAAGGUCUAAACAAGGAAUCAAGGAGUACACUACCAAAGAGCUUUUACUUGCUUAUGAGUUCACGCCUAAUGGAAGCCUAGAUUCCCACCUCUUCAAAGCAAGAGGCCUAUUGCCAUGGAAUCUUAGAUUCAAAAUUGUGGAUGGCUUGGCAUCUGCAUUGUUAAUAGACAAGGCAAGUAAGGAAUCGGAUGUCUAUAGCUUUGGAGUUCAAACACUUGAAAUUGCAUGUGGACGAAGAUCUAUAGAGCCUAGUUAUGUUCAGGAUCAAGCUUCGUUGAUAGCUUGGGUGUGGGAAGCUUACGGGAAUCACAAGCUUCUUGAUUUGGUUGGCAAGAAACUUUCAGAAGAUUUUGAUUCGAAAGAGAUGGAGUGUUCACAGAUUGUUGGCUUAUGGUGCACACAUCCUGAUCAUAGUAUAAGACCAUCGAUCAUCGAUCAAGAAAGCAAUGCAGGUGCUUAAUCUUGAGGCAACACUCCCAAAUCUUCCAAGUAAGAUGCUUGUUCCCAAUUAUGAUAUUCCCAGCUAGUUCAUCAAUAGUUGGGAUUACUAUAAGUGAGCCCCAUUUAUCCAAUCAAAGCAUAACUCUCCCUCACUAAUUUUUGUAGGAAUAACCCAUCAUUUUUAACAAAUUUAGACUUUGUUU